AUGUUCGCGCACCUCAGCAACGCCGUCGCCGGCAAGGACGCGUCGCUGUCCUUCGGCGGCCGCAAAGCGCUCGUCACCGGCGCGGGCAAGGGCAUCGGCAAGACGGUCGCCGGCGCCCUCGUCAAAUGCGGCUGCGUCGUCGUCGGCGUCGCGCGCACGGCCGAGGAUUUGGAGGCCUGCAAGCGCGAGUUCGGCGCGAACUUCGUGCCCCUCGUCGCGGAUCUGAGCGACGCGGCGGCGUGCUCGAAGGCCGGCGCGGACGCGUGGGCGCUCGGCGGCGGCGGCGGCGUCGACCUCGUCGUCAACUGCGCGGGCACGGGCGCCACGCAGAAGUUCCUCGACGUCACGGUCGAGGCCUGGGACACGGUCAUGAACGUCAACUGCCGCGCGGCCAUGUUCGUCACCCAGGCCGUCGCGAAGAAGUGGGCGGAGACCCCGGCGGCGCCGGGCCGCGCGGUCGUCAACGUGUCCAGCGUGCCCAGCGGCAUCGCGGGCAUGCCCGAGCGCGCGGCCUACUGCUCCUCCAAGGGCGCCCUCAACCAGCUCACGCGCGUCAUGGCGCUGGAGCUCGGCGCGAGCCUCGGCGUCCGCGUCAACGCGGUGUCCCCGACCGUGACCAUGACGCCCAUGGGCCGCGAGGCCUGGGCCGACCCGGCCAAGUCCGGGCCCAUGCUCGCCCACAUCCCCCUGGGCCGCUUCCCCGAGCCGUCGGACGUCGCCGACGCCGUCCUCUGGCUGCUGAGCGACGCGUGCAAGAUGGUCCACGGCGCGAACCUGCCCGUCGACGGCGGCUACUCCGCCAUCGGCGGCGCGUGCCUGCCGCUGUCCGACUGA